CCACUCAACCACCAGUUCUUAUUGCCCUUAAAAUUAUUUGUUAAAAAUAUUAUAUAUAUUUUAGAAAAGAGAAGCAAUUUAAAUUAAUAAUUUUAAAAAAUUAAAAAAUAAUAAUAGUAGCCAUUUCUUGUUUGGGACAGAGAGAAAAGAAGGGAGAGAUGGAGACUGCGAUUUGUGGGAGAAUUACUCUCUCACCUAAUCACGUCUUUAACCCUAAAUCAGGAGACAAAUAUUCUCCUUGUAGAGGACCAUGGGUCAACCGCGGAAUUCUCAUGGCUUUAUCAGCAACAGGGGCAGGUAAAGGAGGUGGGUUAUUGGAGAAACCAGUUAUAGAAAAAACAACUCCUGGCCGUGAAUCUGAGUUUGAUUUGAGGAAAUCAAGAAAAACAGCACCACCUUAUCGUGUGAUACUGCACAACGACAACUACAACAAAAGGGAAUAUGUCGUCCAAGUACUGAUGAAGGUUAUCCCUGGGAUGACUCUUGAUAAUGCAGUUAAUAUAAUGCAAGAAGCACACUACAAUGGCUUGUCAGUUGUGAUUAUUUGCGCUCAGGCGGAUGCGGAAGACCAUUGCAUGCAGUUGAGGGGUAAUGGACUUCUGAGCUCCAUUGAACCUGCAAGCGGUGGAUGCUGAAGAUGGGCCUAAGGAAAGCACCCUGGUUUCGUGAUAAAUUAUCUUCUUCAUCAGUACAUCAGAAUAUUAGACUGUGUAUAUAAGUUAGCAGAGUCAGUGUUUGUAUGAAAUCUUUUGCCAUCCAUGCACAAAUGCAAACAUUGGGAUGCUAGUAUUUUUGAAUAAAAGAGACUUUACUUUUACAGCUAUUACAUGAA